AUGUGCGGGCUGCAACAGGUCGGCGUCAUCUGGACCGACCUCCUCGAUGCCGGCAACGGGGACGGCUCAGUCGUCUGCAAACGCCACGCCGACUCGUUCUUCCUAGCCGCCCAAGAGAUUUGCUUCUCAUCGAGACUGCAGGCCCAACAUCCCAAGCCUUCCAAGUGGAGCGACACUGGCCGGUUCGGCUCCAACUUUGUUACGUGCGUCAUCAGCGGCAACGAGUCUGGCGAGAUUGCCAUUUCGGCUUACCAGGUGUCCAACGACGCGGUGGAAAUGGUUCGGGCAGAUCUCAUCGAGCCCUCUGCGGAUCCAACACAGAUGCUCGUCCGUGACGAGGAGGAGGACGAUGGGACUGCGAGCCGCACUCGCUACGUGCCGGAAGUCUUCUACCGAAGAAUCAACGAGUACGGCGCCAACGUGCAGGAAAACGCAAAGCCCGCGUUCCCGGCAGAGUAUCUGUUCGUCACACUAACCCACGGCUUCCCUGCGGACCCCAAGCCUACUUUCAUCCAGCCUGGUUUCCCGAUUGAGAACCGUGAAUACAUUGGCGAAAGCCAAGAGCACUCUGCUGUCACCAAGAUUCUCAAGUUCAAUGGCGGCCAAAAGUCCAAGGACGAUGGCCUUGAGAUGUCCAACUUUCAUCUCCUGUGCUUCGUCCACCAAAUGGGCAUCUUAUCCAAGGAUGAGGAGGCGCUCCUCUGUCGCGUGGCCGCUCAGCAUGACCUCGCUGAUUCAUACCAGCUACGCUCCACUGAAGGUUGGCAGACGCUCCAGGCGAUCCUGUCAUCGGCAGGUGAGACAACCCCCCACCAUGACACCAAACCCAAGAAGCGCUCGAGGGAGCCUGAGGGACACCCAUAUGCCCCUCCCACAAGAUCUGGCCCCGUUGGAGUCAACGGCGCCGGCGCCGCGGACAGCGACACGCCUCCCCAUUCAGCACGCAUCCCCAGCGAGCCCGGAGAACCGCUUGCUAAACGAUUUGCUGCCUUCAGGCUAAACGAGCGCCAACGGUCUCAAGGAUCGUGA